AUGGCCUCUCAAACCUGCCGUGAGCAGGUCAUGUGCGCACCUGAGAGUCUCGUCAAAGCAGUCCUACUGGCUUUAUGUGAAGACAAGAAUGUGGAGAAAAUCGCCCUCGCGCGCCUCGACGCGCUGACGAAAUCGAGCGGUGCUUUGCAAGGUCCAGCUCGUAAGCGAAAGGCCACCAACGACCUCGCCGUCUGUGCUCAGUGCGACAAACCAUUUUACAAAGAUGAUAACCAACCCAAAGACUGCUUGUACCAUCCUGGUUCGUACCGCAUUCAUCUUCUCUUGCUCUCCUCUCUUAACCCCUGGAAAGUCUGCACACUAUGGAUAUGGCUGACGCGAGCAGGCGAAUCCGAAGUGGAUCGAGGGCACCAUGUCUGGGAUGACCAUGAUGAGGAUUGUCACGGCGAAAUCGACUCUGACUAUAUGCGAAAAGAGCAUCCCGAAGGCUACAUAUGGUCAUGCUGCGAUAAGAAUGGCAAAGAGUCCGCCGGUUGUACUCGAGGCUACCAUGAAAGUGAUCCAGCCAAGGCAUGGAAAGAGGCAAGUGAGAUCGAUACUGACGAGGAGGACAGUGAGGAGGACAGUGAGGACUAUGACGAUUAG